CUCAAAAUUCUUAGAAUAAACGAAUCUUAAAUUUACGUCUUUUUUCCUUGAUUGAGGAUGUUGAGUGAUUGAGGCGCCUUAGAGUUUUAAAUUUUACCAUUUAUUCAACUUGAAAAUGUUAGUUUAAAAUGUUCAAGGGACUCCUUAAUUAAAUUUUUAGUCCACAAAAACCUCUCUGUAGUUGGGGAUUUUUUGCCUUUAAGCUCUAAAGUGGUUAGAGUUAGAGAGUCCUCUGGCAUCUAUCUGAAUGAUGACACCAGAAUCAUCAGAGGAGUUGGAAAAACAUGCAAUUUCAGGUCAUCAUGUGAGAGGGAAUAGUGAAUAUGUUAGACUUGCCAUAUCUGAUGAACCGAGGGCUGUUGAAACUGAGAUGUUACAGCCUCAACUAGAAUCAAGAAUUAAAUCUUUCAGGUGGUGGAUGAAAGCCUUUUUAUGGUGCUUUUUCAUUGUUGUACUUGUUCUUGUUCUAGUGAAAUGGGGAGUGCCAUUUGUUUUUGAAAAGGUUCUUUACCCAAUCAUGGAGUGGGAAGCGACUGCCUUUGGCCGUCCAGUUCUUGCCAUUGUACUUGUUGCUUCUCUGGCUCUUUUCCCAGUAUUAUUAAUCCCUUCUGGCCCUUCCAUGUGGUUAGCUGGGAUGAUUUUUGGUUAUGGCCUUGGCUUUAUUAUAAUAAUGAUUGGAACAACCAUUGGGAUGGUCCUCCCUUACCUAAUUGGACUACUCUUCCGCGACCGCAUUCAUCAAUGGUUAAAGAGAUGGCCUCAAAAUGCCGCAAUGAUUAGACUUGCUGGGGAAGGGAGCUGGUUCCAUCAAUUUCAAGUGGUUGCUCUGUUUAGAGUUUCACCUUUUCCUUAUACUAUAUUCAAUUAUGCUGUAGUAGUGACAAAUAUGAGGUUUUGGCCCUACUUAUGUGGAUCAAUAGCAGGAAUGGUGCCAGAAGCUUUCAUCUACAUCUACAGUGGUCGAUUAAUAAGGACAUUAGCCGACGCACAAUAUGGGAAGCACCAAUUGACCACUGUGGAAAUUGUGUACAACAUUAUUUCUUUCAUCGUUGCUGUGAUUACCACCAUUGCCUUCACUGUUUAUGCAAAAAGGACUCUGAAUGAACUAAAGAUGGCAGAGGGCAAUGAGGAAGCUGCUUCUGUUUCUGGGAGGAGUGGUAGUCUUGAGUUGGAGAAGCCUUCCCAUUGAAAGACCUCUCAUCUAAUUUCCCAUGAUAGUGUAUAUUUAUGUAUCUAAAAUUUGGUGUAGGAUCAUAGUGUUUUCCACCCUCCCUCCCUGUUAGUGAUUAUUGGAAUGAGCAUGUAGGAUAGAAAAGCCUGUGCAAAUCCACCCACACAUUUCAAUUUUAAUACCAAUUGAG